AUGGCCCCUGCUCCUAUUGAUCCACGCAUUACCGAUGUCGCAGUGCCGAGGAAAAAUACCCUUAGCCUUCCCGACUCUGCUCGCGAACGUCUAGAAAGAGCCGGCAUUGAUCUCAGUGAAGGAUACCCGUAUCGCCCGUCUCGCCCACUUUACCUUGACGAUGUGUAUAAUGUGCGAGAUUAUGAUCGUCCUCAUAUCGAUCCUAGCAGCCGAGCCGACCCUGAAAAGAAAGCUCUUCUGUCGGCAGCGACAGAGGUGAUCCCAUUAACUAGACACAUUGGAACGGAAAUCGUCGGCCUGCAGUUAAAGGGCCUAACGGACCAACAAAAGGAUGAGCUAGGUUUGUUGAUCGCCGAGCGGAGCGUUGUCUUCUUUCGGGACCAGGAGAUCACCCCUCAACAGCAGAAAGAUUUAGGUGAAUGGUAUGGCGAAGUCGAGAUCCAUCCUCAAGUCCCCCAGGUCCCUGGCGUUCCUGGCGUGAGCGUAAUGUGGCCAGCAUUACAAGCAUCCGAGAGCCCGGCAAGCUUCCGUCGCCCGGGUGGGGCAUCCCGGUGGCAUAGCGAUCUCGUGCAUGAAAGGCAACCCGCAGGAGUAACACAUCUACAUAACGACACCGUUCCCACAGUCGGGGGUGACACGCUCUGGGCGAGUGGCUAUGCCGCAUACGAGAAGCUGUCCCCGCUCUUCCGUACAUUGAUUGAUGGCCGAACUGCCAUCUAUCGCUCUGCGCAUCCGUACCUCGACCGCGAGAACCCAGAAGCGGGACCAAAGUAUGUAGAACGCGAGCAUCCCAUCGUCCGUGUGCACCCAGCCACAGGCUGGAAAGCAUUAUGGGUGAACCGGUCAAUGACAGUCCGGAUUGUGGGGCUCGAUAAAGCCGAGAGCGAUGUGAUUUUGGGUUACUUGUAUGAUGUGUAUGAGCAGAACCCCGAUAUUCAGGUUCGUUUCAAGUGGACUCCCCGCACCAGUGCUUAA